AACUUCCAUUAUAUUGUAUUGUCAGUUUAUUCUACGUGGAAGUUGAUGUAUACUUUAACAUAUAUUGAAAAAAUUUAUCAAAAUUAAAAGAAUUAAUUAAUUUAUGUAUUAUUGUGAUUUAAAAUGAGUGAAAAAAUCUUGACUUUAGAAGUUAUAGAAAAUGACGAGUUCUUUAAACAAUUCUUGAAUGGUGAUUUAAAGAAUACAGAGAUUGACAAAGUAUUGUCAGUAGUUCAACAACUAAAUAAAUUAGGACAAGCUAUUGAAGUUUUACGAUCUGAAUUACAAAACCAAGUACUUGCAAAUUAUGAAGAUUUGUUAUCACAAGCAAUAUGGGUUGAAAAAUUAGAAGAUGUACUUUCAAUAAUGCAAGCUCAUGUACAAAAUUUGUUACUAGCUGUAGAACGUUUACGUGGGAAAAUAAUAGAACCAUUUAAUAGAAUUGAAACUCAAGCAAUAGUAUUGUCACGUCUUCAUGAAACAUCUGAUCUUUUACGAAGAGUAGCAAGAAUGCAACAUUUAUCAAAACGUUUAGGUUCACAAAUGACAAAUGUUAUUCAAGGUCCAGAUAUAAUAAAAGUAGCAAAUAAUUUACACGAACUUGAGCAAUUAAUGACGGAUACAGAUUUAAAUGGCUUAGAUAUAAUUGCUGACGACCAACAAGCUGUUAAAGCUCAUAGGGCAGUUGUGAAAAGAGUAGCUACUCAUACAUUAACUCAAGGUUUACAGACAAUGGAUAGAGUUAAGGUCAGUACAGCUGUACAGGUAUUUCAGAACUUAGGGAUUGUAAAUGAAGCAAUAGAAAUAACUAUUGAAAAUAAUUUAGCUAAUAUCAAGAAAAAUACCAUAGAAUCUUUUGAUGUUCUCCUAUCUAAAAGUCAAGAUAUAAUAAAAAAAGUAGCUCCAGGUCGUGCUUCAACACCUACACCAGGAACGUCAGGGAAUUUACGUACACGUAUUUGGGAAAAUCUUGAAAGACUUUUUCAAGACACUUUGUUUUUGCAGUGUAUACAAAUCGAAUUAUUACAAAAAACAUUGCUGGAAAAUCAUGCAAAAGAAUUCAAUAACUUAUCUGAAACAUUUUGGCUGAAAGUUAAUCAACUAUUGAGUGAAGUACUUAUUGCACGUGCACAAGAAUCAUCACUUGUAAAACAGGCCUUGGAAGGAGAAUAUCCAAAAUUCUUACGAUUAUUUUUAGACUUAAGUAAGCGCUUGAAAGAUAGAUCACAAAGUUUUGGUACUUAUAACAUUAAUCGUAAUGUUUUGUCAUCAUUUGAAAAUGCAUACCUUUCUCGUUCGGUAUCUCGUCUCUUGGAUCCUGUACACACCAUGUUCUGUGGAACAAAUCUACCAAAUCAAGAUGAAAUUGAUACUUUAAUUCGCACUGUAACAAAUGAACUGAGUGUUUCACUUGUUGAUGAUUGUCUGUCCAUUGUGGUGGCACGUAAUGUGAGCAAAUCUAUACGACUAUUUUGUUUAAAAUGUGAACAAGGAUUAAUAACAGGUGGAGAAGCAAGCCAAGUUAUUGAUUCACCUACAGCUGGACAACAAACCAAUGUCACCUUAGCAAAUUUAUUACAUUAUCUUUCUAGUCAAAUAAAUCGUGUAAUUGCCAACUUGUCAUCUGGUUUACCAGUUGAAGGAUCAACAAUUAUUUCAUCAGCAAUCAAGGAAUCAGAUGUAUUAACAAAAAGUAUACUUUCACCAUUGUUAGCUUCUAUCAGUGAUGCAAUCGAAAGUAUUAUUUUAACGAUACAUGAUGAUCCUGAUUUCCGAGAUGCAAACAGUCCUAUUGGAAAAGAUAUUUCUUGUUCAUUAUACAUGCGUGAAUUACAAGGUUUUAUUUUAAGAUCUGUAAAUACAUUCCUUAUCCCUUAUAAAAAUCAAGUAGUGGUCACUGAAUGUUGUAAGACUGUAGCUUCAAGAUGCAUUGAAUUAUUUAUGAGACAUGCUUGUUUAUUGAGGCCAUUAACAGAUUUUGGAAGAAAGAAAUUAAUUAUGGAUUUCACUCAAAUGGAGCUUGCUGUAUCACCAUUAUGUGGUGGAGGUCAGUUAAGUUUGUUAGAACAACAACAAUAUAGAAGAUUAAGAGCUUUAAAAGCAUUAAUAUUACAAAAGCCAGAAGAUAUGGUACAAAAAGUUUUAGAAGAUCCAUCAGAAAAUAGUGUACCGCCAUCUCUUAUCCUUCUACAUUUAUUUUCUGGUGCACCACCUGAAUUAUUGUCUCCACAUCAGAGUGCAGGUUGGUCUAUUGGACGAUUAUCUCAAUGGAUGGAUAGUCAUCCAGAAGAAAAGGAUAGAAUAGCUCUCAGUAAGGGGUCAUUGGAACGUUAUCAGUUAACUAUACAACAAAAUAAUAUUCCAUCUUUCCAUUCUUUGUUUCCGCUGAUGACAAAAUUAGCUAAUUUAUAUGAUCAUUACGUAGAAUUAUUUACGAAUUAUUAAAGUAAGGUGUAAAUGUUAUUAAGAUUUUAUAAAAAAUAUGGAAUUCAUACUUCUACUGUACAAAAAGAACUACAUUUUAAUAAUAUGAAGUAAAAAACGAA